AUUAUAAAAUUUAUCAUCUAGUAAAUUUGAAAAAUGAACAUCACUAUAGUUUUUUUUGCUCUUCUGGGAUAUGCGUAUGCAUCUUUAUUUCAAGAUAUUCAGAGAUCACUAGCCAAAAAAGUUUUAAAAGAAGUUGUUGAUGAAAAUUCUGAUGAAAUGGAUGAUUUUAUUCGACAAGUUUUUAAAAAAGAGUUAAAAGAAAAUGAAGAAAAAGAAAUAAAACAAAUAUCUGAAAGUUUUGAUGAAAAAUUAAAAAAAAAAGUAUUUCAGCAAACAGAAAUUGAUGAAAAGCUCAGUGAAAAUGCUGAUGGUGUCCAUAUUCUUGAGGCCAUUAAAGAUUUUGAUGAAAAGAUGAAAGUUAUGGAACCUAAAGAUAUAACAAAUGCUGCAACUUUUAUAGAAAAGCAAGAAGAAGCAUUAGCAGAACAGAAAGCUGAAGACAAUAAAAAAAUGGUAACAGUAAUGGAGGGUGAUAUUAUUAGAACAGAUCACGAAAAUGCAAUUAUAGCAAAUGAUACGAAUAAACGAAAUUUACGUAAUUAUGAAAAAUGGGGUUUAUUGGUUCCUUAUCAGUUACCACAAACAAUAAAAGGAGAUGGAAGAAUGCAGCGUGCAAUAAAUGAAGCGAUGAAAGAACUUAGUGCGGUUAGCUGUAUCAAGUUUAUUAAAAGGAAAAGUGAUGGGUCUUCUGAAUAUAAUGUGGAUCUUAAUGGACAAACUGAACCCUACUUACAGUUUAUUCAAGGAUACGGCUGUUAUUCAUAUGUGGGGAAACAAGGUGGAAGUCAAGUAAUUUCUAUUGGUACUAAUUGUGAAUAUAAAGGUACAGUGAUGCAUGAAAUCUUACAUGCACUUGGUUUUUAUCAUGAACAAUCAAGACUUGAUAGAGAUGACUUUAUUCGAGUAAAGUUUGAAAAUGUAAGAAGUGGUAUGGAAAAUAACUUUCGGAAGUAUGAUGUUGGACAGGCAGAUACUUUAGGAUUUAAUUAUGAUCUCGGCUCAAUAAUGCAUUAUGGUGAGAGCUUUUUUACAAAAAAUGGACAAAGCACCAUUGAAGUCCUUGGUAACAAACGUUCCAUUGGUCAACGGCUUGCGCUUAGUGAAACAGACAAGAUGAAGUUGAAUAAGCUUUAUUGUUCUCCACAAUAUCUAGAAGAGUAUAAAAACCUUAAAGAGCAAAACUUUGAAAAAAUAUCAAAAAAUGUUUAUGCACAUUAUUGAUUCCGACAAUUAAUUUUGCUUAAAGAUAUUUAAUAGUUUGCGUAUUUAAUUAAAUUUAUCUGUAAAUUAAAUUUUAAUGUAUUUUAAUAAAUUAAAACUAUGAGAUAGUUUUUCAAAAAAUUUUUCUUGUGGUUAUUGUAUCUGUUUCCACGUUUUUUUGUUUUUAAAUGA